AUAUAAUACGUCAGUUAUUGAGUAGGCUACAUUUACUCAAGACGUAGCAUCUUUAUAGAAUUAUCUAAAUAUUAGCGAUAUUGCAGAAAUUGGGGAGAGAGAUAUUCAAGACAAAUCAAUCACAUCAUGGAACAAAAUAUAAUGAAGUUGCCGAUCUACCAGAAGAAAGUUGGUAUCAAAUUUGAAGUUACCGAAGCAAUGAAGCGUGACUUUGAAAAAGACGGAUUCAUAAUUGUCAGAAAUUUAUUUUCGAAUGAUGAAAUUGCAAAACUGCGUGAAAGUUUGGAAUCGCCAGAAUCGGAACUGAUGAAACGAACCUACAGUGAUUCAGAUGGCAGGGAUGGGAGAAUCCGAAUAAUUCUAUGGAAUCAUCCUGGAGAAGAUUAUAGCGGUAUUAUGGGCAGAUCCGAAAGAGUGGUUGAGACAUGCAAAAAGCUACUCGAUGGGGAGGUUUAUCAUUAUCAUGGUAAAAUAAUUUUGAAAGAUGCGCAAACAGGAGGAGCUUUUCAGUGGCAUCAGGAUUAUGGAUAUUGGUAUCUAUUUGGAUUUCUACGACCGGACAUGAUGUCUGUUCAAGUAGCUAUUGACGAUGCUGACAAAACAAAUGGCACAUUACAAAUCAUCAGGGGCUCACACAAAAUGGGACGAAUUUAUCACGGCAGAAUAGGAGAUCAGGCUGGAGCCGACAUGGAACGAGUAGAAGCGGCUCUGCAAACUAUGGAAAAAAUAUACGUAGACAAGAAAGCAGGCGAUGCUUUAUUCUUUCAUUGCAAUCUUCUGCACACCAGCGAUCAAAAUUUAAGCGAUCGACGAAGAUGGAGUUACAUUAUGUGUUAUAAUCGGACAGAUAACGACACGUUUAAGGACCAUUUUCUGAAUCAAUCGCCCUUAAUAAAGGUUCCUGAUUCUGCUGUUUUGGAGUGUGACGACUUCACCAACAUGGAGGGAAAAAUUUUCCAUAUCCCUGAGCAAAAAAAAACAUUUUCUUAUGAAUAUAUACCAAAGAAGGAUGAUCAAUAACUAUUCAAUAGAUAAAUAUAAUGAUUAGCAUAUAUAUAUUUCCAAAUAUUGACACUUAUGAUUCGUUGAGUUGUUAUUAUUCAAACAAAUUACAAAUGUCAAAAUGUGGUCUUAGACAGGCAUUCCUAAAAUUUUAAUGCAAAAUUGAGGUGAUAGAUAAAAAUUCUGCAAUUGUAUUUUGAAACACUGAUUUUAGUUAAGCC